CACGAGUCUAAACAGCCGUCGUGAUUUGUUUUUUGCUCGACAGCGCUUCAAGACCAGCGAAAUCGAAUGAGGACUAAAAUACGUAGCUGCCUCUGCGUUUGAUCAGAUCAAAAGUUUCGCUAUACAGGGGAUUAGUUUGAGGAAAAUCACGUUAACGUGGCUGGAAAACUGGAACUAAUGGAGAAAAACCAGUCAUGUGAUGGCAAUUUGACUGCUAUCUUUAGGAGGGAGGCCAACAAAACCGGUGAAGAUUUGCCCGAACUCGGCUUAGAUUACAGCGUGCCUUUGACAGUGAUAGGCUUCGCUGUUUUGGUUUCAAACGGGCUUGUUUGUAUACUUUUCUGUCGGUUCCGUGCCCUCCGAACGAUAACAAAUACUUUUAUUGUCAGCCUGGCGAUAAGCGAUCUUAUGGUGGCCACGGUUUUCAUCCCGACUUAUCUAGCUGGUCUGGCAGUCAAUCCCUAUAUUAUUGCCUACAUUCUGUUUGCAUAUCUGUUUAAUUUCUGUGGCAUUACUUGGGACAGGUACCAAGCCGUUCUUAAUCCUCUCAUGUACAGGUCAGUGGUAACACGCGCGAUCGUCUACAAAAUCUUGGCCCUGGUGUGGACUAUACCCCUCUUAUUAGCGAUCAUACCAAUUUUCUGGGAGUAUCGGAACGGUGUUAAAUUACUGGCCGGUCGUAUUUACCAAGGAAUCUUGGUUGCUCUGGUCACUCUGUGUUCAGGGUCUAUCUGCUGGGCAUAUGGAAAGAUUUUUGGUGCCACGCGACGUCAAGUAAAACAAAUGAUUGAAAUGCACGAAACAAACGCACGAUUUGAACACAGUGUUCUCCCAGACAGACAAUCAGGGCGAUCAAUGAGAAAGAGGCGGUCAAUUACCAUUUCCAACGAAGUGAAAGCGGCCAAAGUUUUUGCUCUUGUAGGAGGAACCUUUGCAGUAUGCUGGCUUCCUUUGAUAAUUAUUAAUGUGUUUUCCGCACUAGAUUAUUCCCACAUAAUUCCGAAUGUAUUUCUUGAUGUCUCCCUUUAUUCACUGGUAGGAAACGCUUUAGCCGACCCUCUAAUUUAUUCAUUUUACAAGUCGGACUAUAGGCGAGCCUUUAAGCGAUUUUUUUGUGGUAAAAAACCAGAUCAUGAUAAAUUUGGGAAUUCAAUCACCACAAGGAAUUCUGUGCUGACAGAAGAAAACAGUGAUAAAAUAGACGAAAAUCUUAUCUAAGGCAUAUUAUUCAUGAACUGGAAAAGCUAGCAUUUUAAAACUAAUUGCACUGUAUUAUUUUCAAGCCGGUUUUUAUUGCUAGGAAAAUUGAAUUUUAUGAAAACACCAGUGUAAAAUUUUGACCUGUAAUAAAUAUAAUAUUUGGCAAUAAAUUGACGACAAGCAUAAUGUUUUGUGUCAUCUGAAAUACUGUUUGAACCAUCAUAAUUGCAUUUGUGUACAUUCUAGUUUCGAGCGAUGCUAAUGACCUCUCAGUAUACAAACACUAGGUUCUAACGUGUCUAAAGAUAUCAAACACAAUUUACCGAUAUUUCAAAAGCUUUUGAACUAUUAGAACUCAAUCAACUGUGUUAAAAGGCUUUCUUCAGUAAAAUAAAUUCUGAGAUUUCUGAUGCAUUUGCAAGUGGAAAUAAUGUAAUGCAUUUGAACAUAGAUUUCAAAUUUUGCAAAG